GUACAGGUGUCGCACCUGCAAAGACUGAUGCAGGGACUGCCGGCGAGUUUCCAGGUGAAGGAGACUCGCCUGGACUGGCACGUGCGAGUGCCGAUCUUGAUCCUGGACUUCCUUCCGGCAGCUACACCAUCCGGCGACCACUUCCCGCCCAUUCAGGUGGAUGUCAGCAUGGGCGAUCUGGACUCCUCUGGGGUGCGCAAGGGCCACGUGGAUCGGCUCAUCCAGGGGGCGCUCUCCAGAUCGCCCAAGGCGGCUUGCCUGGUCCUUCUGGUGAAGCGCUGGGCCAAGAUCGAGGGACUCAACAAGUCCUUCGAGGGUCACCUGUCGCCCCUGGCAUGGACUCUGCUUUGCCUGUACUUCCUGGUGGUCACGGACCGGCUACAACAGAAUGCGCUCACGGCGUCUGGUUGGGACGUGCCUUCCCCGCCUUCGGCGCAGCUUUGCGAGUCCUGCGUGUCGCACGAAGAGCUCGCGGAGUUUUUCGACAUGGUGGCCGGCUUCCAGAAAUUCCUGGAGUCGCGGGAGAAAGACCGCAGAGGGCCCAUGGGCAUCCGCCUGAUGCCGGACUGUCGGCCGCUCACCGGGCGCCCGGAUGACCCGGCCGUCUUCUUCCUCGAAGACCCUGCCGCCAGGGCGGUGUCCAUAAAUGGCGUCAACGUGGCACGUGGAGUGAAGAGUCCGGAAAAGUGGCGGCAUCUUCUGAGCCGCUGCCAAGGUGCUGCCAAAGCCCUGCGUGCGGGCGCCAACCCGGCGGACUUCUUCGCCCGGCGGCUCGCUGCCGGCGCUCCGAAAGCCGCUCUUCGGUCCAAAGCCAGGCCGAUGGCAAAAAACCGGACACCGACGGAUCCGGCUGAGUCUUCGGAGCUGCCGGCGGCCUCUUCCGAGAG